UUCAAGGAAGAAAUCUCUAAACAUUUCAAGUCCCACACUGAUCAACUUGUUUUGAUAUUUGCUGGAAAAAUUUUAAAAGAUCAAGAUACUUUGAUUCAGCAUGGGAUUCAUGAUGGACUCACUGUUCACCUGGUCAUCAAAAUGCAAAACAGAUCACAAGACCAUACAGGUCAACAAACACGCACCACUGGCAGUAUUGCUACCACAUCAAUAUCGAGCAGUAAUACCUCAACACCAACUUCGACUAUAAAUUCUUUUGCCUUGGGUGGCUUUGGAGGUUUGACAGGCCUGAACAGCCUGGGCUUAAAUGCAUCAAACGUUUUAGAGUUGCAAAGUCAGAUGCAACAACAGCUUAUGUCCAACCCAGAAAUGAUGGCUCAGAUAAUGGAAAAUCCAUUUGUUCAGAGCAUGCUUUCAAAUCCUGACCUGAUGAGACAGUUAAUUAUGGCUAACCCUCAAAUGCAGCAACUGGUACAGAGAAAUCCAGAAAUCAGUCACAUGCUGAAUAAUGCAGAAAUAAUGAGACAGACACUAGAACUUGCUAGAAACUCUGCAAUGAUGCAGGAAAUGAUGCGAAACCAAGACCAAGCCUUGAGUGACUUUGAAAGUAUACCAGGUGGCUACAAUGCCUUGCAAUGUAUGUACACGGAUAUUCAGGAGCCAAUGUUGAAUGCAGCUCAGGAACAG